CGGAGGAGGAGGAGCUAUUCUCUACAGCUGUACGCGAGUCACACUAGAGGGAGCAGACAGAGAGGAAAAAAAACACUAACUCUGCUAAUUGACAUAUAUUAAAUUUACAGUUAUAUCCGCGCGACGCGAUGGAUUAAAAGUCCUAAUUCGCGAACGAACGCGAAUUUAUUUUUCCUUGCGUUUUGCGGUGACGCCGGUGGGAUUGUGAAACCAUGCCGAGCACCAAAGGACUAAUUUGGGACAUCAGAAAGCGGUCAAUCUACUCCAGCGACUCCAACUUCACUCGCACGAACUUUCUUGGGAGUAAAGAUUUCAUCCAACGUCUCGGACUGGAAACUACCCUUGAGGUCCACGAAGGUUCGGUCAACUCGCUGUGCUGGAAUGAAACGGGAGAAUUCCUCCUGUCCGGGUCCGAGGAUGGGAAUCUGGUGGUCACGAACCCAUACAGCAGAGAGGUGAAGACAGUGGUGAAGUCCCGCCACCUUUCCAGUAUCCAGAGCGCUCAGUUCAUGCCGCAGACCGGCGGCCAUGUUGUGGUGUCGUCCGCCGCCGACGGUCAGAUCUUCUUCACCAACAUCACCAAAGGGCCCAGCGCCGCCACGCAGACCCAGUACCACUGCCACGUCGGGGCCGCCUACAAGAUCCUGACGGUUCCCAGCGACCCGCACUCCUUCCUGUCCUGUGGCGAGGACGGAACCAUCCGCUGGUUCGACGUCCGCAACAGCACCUCCUGCAGUCUGAACAACUGCAAACAGGACGUGCUGAUCGACUGCCGGCGGGCGGUGACCUCCAUGGCCGUCUCACCCUCGGAGCCCUUCUUUCUGGCGGCCGGCUGCUCCGACGGCUCCGUCCGGAUCUACGACCGCCGCAUGCUGGGCACCCCCGCCACCGGCUGUCACUCGGGCAGCGGGGCGUCGGGGAUGACAGCCCGCUUCUUGCCCGCCCACCUGACGGAGCUGACCAAUCGGGUGACCUCGCUGUGCUACAGUUCCGACGGCUGCCAGCUGUUGGCCAGCUACGCCUCCGACUACCUGUACCUGUUUGACCCACGGGACGACUCGGGGCGCCUGCUGAAGGGGCUAACCCAGGGGCCGAAGUGCCAGCCCCGGCAGCCGUCCGCCAAGCGGCUUCGCCUGCGGGGGGACUGGUCCGACACCGGACCCCUCGCCCGGCCCGAGAGCGAGAGAGACGGUGACAGCCGUUCUGAAGUGACUCUGCUCCAGAGGAUCUCGGAUAUGAUGUCACGCUGGUUUGAGGAGGCCAGCGAAGGCCAAGUAGGCAGACCCCAGGCCGCAGCCCUGACCCCUGUGAUCCCCAGAGACCAGACCCCCCAGGGGGAGGGAGUCUCCCUGGAGGCGGAGUCGGUGGUCAGCCGCCACCUGGGAACCCAGGGGACCUCAGCCAGCAGCAUCCAUCUGGGCUGGACCGGUCCCGGGCAGACCCAGAACCCCCCCCAGGGUGUCGGAGCGGGCUGGGUAGGGUCCAGGGGGGUGGAGGAGGAGACAGCCCAGGGACAGCCCCGCCCCAGUUGGGGGAGCAGGGAUGUUGUGUCUCUGUUCCACAGGUUCAACCUGCGGGGGUCGGCCGUCGGGGAGCGAGUGCUACGGCGGUCGGCUGCCGCCCACAUCCAGGAGAUCUUCCGGCGGCGGAGGGAACGCCGGGAGCUGGAGGAGAGCGAGACGCGGCGCCUGGGCCGGCCAGCCGCCCACACCGUCUUCAGGGGCCACCGCAACUCACGCACCCUGACCAAGGAGGCGUGCUUCUGGGGCGAUCGCUUUGUGCUGAGCGGCUCGGACUGCGGCCACGUGUUCGUCUGGGACCGCAAGGGGGAGGGGCCUCUCGGGGGGGAGGGGCCUUACGGGGCGGAGCUGGUGAUGCUGCUGGAGGCCGACCAGCACGUGGUCAACUGCCUGCAGCCGCACCCCUAUGAACCAAUGCUCGCCACCUCGGGGAUAGACAACAACAUAAAGCUGUGGUCGCCAACGGAGCGACGCCCCGCCUUCGACCGCCAGCUGGCCCAGGAGCUGCUGUGCCGUAACGAGGUGAUGCUGGAGGAGACCAGGAACACCAUCACUGUCCCCGCCUCCUUCAUGCUGCGCAUGUUGGCCUCGCUCAACCGCGCCUUCAGACCAGAUCAGGCAGAGGUGGAGGGGUCGGGAGCGGAGAUCGAGGAAGAGGAGUAGCAGGGUGUUUUACGCCCCCACCCGCACCUCCCGACAACCAGUCCUCACUGAAGCCCACACGUGUAGCAUCGCACUGAGCUGUCUGUCUGCUCUGUAGGAGUGCAGUGGUUUGGCCUUUAGGAUUUAUUUAUGUUUUUGUUGUUUUUCUGUCAAGACAGCCAAAAGGAAGAUUUGUGUUUUUCUGAGCACGUAGCAAGUACUAGAUAAGUACUAUUGUAGAAUAAGCACUAGAGAAGAAUGAGUACUAUGAUAGAAUAAGUACUAAAGAAUAAUGAGUACUAGAGAAUAAUGAGCACUAUGUUAGAAUAAGUACUAGGGUGAGUUUAAGUACUAGGGUGGAAUAAGUACUCAGUCAUAUAAGUACGAGAGUAUAAUCAGAGUACUGUAAGCUCAGACUCUGGUCUGACCAGGGACUGGUUCGCCGAUCAGGGGAUGCAGAAUGUGACUCCGGUGCCAAAGAGGAAGAACACAACAGAUGCACUGAGAUCCGCACCUCACAGACUAGAACAGACUAGAACAAUCAGGACAGGAACUCAAAGCACAAGCAGAUGUCCAACCGGCUCAGGGUCGGCUCCAAACGUCCAUCGAUCGAGUCUCAACAGCGCUUCAAAGUCGAUGGGUUUUAAGAUUUGUGAGCCAAAUAGAAAUGUUCUAGAAAAAGUGUGUAUGGGAUUGAUGUACGGUAGAAGAUGAAAUGAAACUUAUUCUGAGACUUUUUAUUGAUGUCAGGUUUCGCGAUGUGACUCAAGCCAAUCAGGUGUCUCAGGAUCUUCUCCAAAUGUGGAUAGACAAAAGUGCGACCAGGUGUGUCUGUGAGUGGGCUCAAUAUAUGGAAGAAGAUUAAAUGAAACAGCUUCGAGUACAGAACAUAUUCUAAGGCUGCUUAUUGAAGUCAGGUUUCGUGACUCAAGCAAAUUAGAAACCCUAAAACUUGAGGUUGUGAACAAAAGUCGAUUUUAUUUAUAGAUAUGUGCAAUGUGUAUGGUUUUUUUAGCAGCAGUUUGUAUGAUGACAAUGUAUUUAUAAUAGUUUUGUUUGUCACGUUUGACGUGUUGUGAACUCAUUUUGUAGAUUGUUUUAUAUUGAUCUUUUACAGCCUUGUGGCUGCAUCCAAUACUUGGUUUAAAAGGUGCCUUUGAACUUCUGAUUGUGUGAAGGAAUGUGUUAAAACCAUUGCCUUAUCGCAUGGCCCAAUUUAAAGUCGUGUGACAUAUAUUUAUGUAUUUAUACUAAUAAAACCAACUGACAUCGA